AUGCGCGACUUUCAGAGUGUCGCUGGCCAGUUGAGCUGGCUGCCUGUGAUUGGUCGUGCGCCGUUGUCUUUGUCCGAGCCAUGGAGUGAGGGGAUGCUGCAGGGCAGCCCAUGGCGUGCCACGUGUCCCUCGCCCUUCCUCAAAUCGGGUGAGCAGAGAGGGGAUGUUUGGGGAACGGACGGCCCAGUGACGUCUUUCUCCUUGCCUUACCACCUCACCUGCUUUUUGAGUCAACUUAGAACUUUCUCUAAACUCUCUUCCUCCCCACGUCUCCCUCUUCCUCCCCCCGUCCCCCUCGCCCUCCCCCCUUCUCCCUCUUCUCCACCAUCCACGUCUCCCCCAGACGUUUCUCUGUUCGCGCUACCACCUGCCUCGUCCUUCCUCCACUCUCCCGCUUCUGAUUCCUCCUCCCCUCUCCAAAGCGCCCCCACCCCUGGCGAUGAGGCCUAUAACGAGGAUGGCGAGGGUGAUAAUAACGAGGGCUUCCCCUCCCCAGCUGCUCUUGCUGCUGCCGCUGCUGCUGCUGGCAACGAAGCUGCUCUGUGUGUUGAGUUCAGCCGGGAACGAAGCAGGCGUGCUGAUAGAGCUGCCCGAAGGGCUAGCAGACAAACGAUGCCAUUCAGUGGGGAGGGAGUGGUUGGCAGAGGCAGGGGUAGUAGUGGGAGGGAGGGAAGGGGGAAGGAGAGUAGAAGAGGGGCUGAGGAGGAAGAGAGUAGUGUGGGUGAAAGGAGUGGGCGAUCUAGGAGGGAGAGAAGAAGCCAGAGGAGGGAAGAACAGGAGAGGGAAAGGGAGAGGAGGAAGCAGGAAGAGGAGGCAUCUGCAGGGCGGCAGGGGAGGCAGAGACGACAGGGGCGGCAGGGGCGAGGGGAGGGGAGUGAGGAGAGAAGGAAGGGGAGGGGUGAGGAGGAGAGGAGUGAGAGAUGGAAGGGAGGUCAGGGGAGUGGUGUGAGGGAGGAGGGUAGACGAGGUGGUGGGAGGGGAGGAGGAGGGAAGAAGGAUUCAACGUUUGAUGAAGCAUCUGCGCUGGAAGCAGCUAUUAGGCUGGUGCAAAUGGGCGACCAUAAGAACGCCUUCCCCAUCUUUGCCAAGUUGCAGGAGAGUGGAGCGCAAGAGACGGUGGUGCUGCUGGCGUGGCGUGGCAUGGCACACGCGUUUGCAGAGCACUAUGAGGAAGCUCUCAGCGACUUCAACAAGGCUCUAGAGCAGGCUCCCAAGGCAGGGCAGAUUCUGAGGCAACGAGCGUCGGUGCUUGGGAUCUUGGGGCGACACAAGGAGGCCAUCACUGAUUGGACGGCUGUGAUUGAAAUGGAUCCGAAUGAUGCAGCAGCCAGACAGGAACGAGGAGCGGCAUAUGUGAACGCCAACGCCUAUUCAAGCGCGCUGCCGGACCUCUAUGCUGCCAGGGCCAUGGCUCCGCAGCUCUUCAAGCCGCACCUCUUCCUCGGCUUGGCGCUGACAGCAACAGGGGCACCGUUUGAAGCAGUGAAGAGCUAUGAGACAGCAAUGGCCAUGAAUCCAGAUGUAAAGGAGGGGUGGACGAACUGGGGGCAGACAAUGAAGGAGAUCGCCAUGUUCAACGAGUCAGAGAGAUGCUAUAAACGCGCCCUUGAUGUGGAUAAGGGCUUCCUGCUGGCGUACAAGCUGUGGGCGAAGCUGAGGCACACCGUGGGCGACCACAGGGGGGUGAUCCGCCUGCUGCAGGAGGGGCUGAAACACCACCCAAACAACGUGGAGUUGCGAUACUUUGAGGCCUCCUGCUUCCAUGCCACGGGGGAUUUUUCCCAGGCUGUGAGGCUCUACGACAGCAUUCUCUCGCUGCAAACGUCUGGAGAUGAGCGGUUCCAGUACCUCGCUUUCUACCAGCGUGAGAUAGCGGCAUACAUGGCAGUCAACGUGAACGCGCCCUUCUCUCACUUCAGCCUUGAUGACCAUUUCAACCGCGUCUUCAAGGAGGGCUGGGCGAAUGCACAGUUUCCAGGGCACCUACCCUCCAGAGGGUAUCAGAUGCAGGACAUUCAGGCAGUGUUCCGCGUGCGGCGGCAGCAGCACCGGCGCAAGGGGGAGAAGCGCUUCGAGGCGAACCGAGCGGCGCUGCUAAAGCAGGCUGAUGAGAUUGGGCGGCUGGUUCAGUACAACACCACGGGGUUCCUUGGUAACAUGCGGCAGCAACGAGCAGCAGGGCUGGCUGCUCUGGACAUCAUGCAGACAGUGCGAAAGGCGUGGAGGGAUUGGAUGAAGAGCGGGCAGGUGGACAGAAGCAGCAGUGCGGAGGAGGUGGAGGAGGGGGUGGGGGUGGGGUGGAGGGACGUGUACGGCAUGGGAGUGAGAUGGCGCCAGAUUGCCGAACCUAACGACCCCAUCGUGUGGAUCGACGGCCUCACGCGGGAAGCAUUCGAAACCGGGUUUGGUUCGGUCACGCCGAUGGUGUCCGGGCAGACUCGAAACAUUCGCUACUCCAUGAAUGCUGACCGUGCGUUCAAGAUCGUACGGCAGGAGAUGCUGCAUCACGGCAAGGUGUACGGCGAGCGCGACGAGGAGAUCCCGCUCAGCCAAGCGGAUCUGAAAAAGGUGGACCAGGCAACCAAUUUUAACCAGCUGUGGGACGUCGUGCAGAAAGGAUUCUUCGUCUUCACCCCGUGCAAGAGCACCGCCUUCCCUGACAAGGUGCUGAACGGCACGCGCCUCACAAUCACCGCCACCGACCCCGGGCAGGAGUUUGCAAUUCGCACGCCGCUGACGCCCAGCCGGUGGCGAGACUUUGACAUGGAAAUGGCUGCAGCGUGGAAGGACAUUUCUCUAGCAGUGGCCCACACGUCUCUCCGUGACUCAGACCCUCAGGCCUACCGCAAGGCCAUUCAAGACAAUAUCCUCAGAAUGGCCUACUACUGGUACAACUUCAUGCCAUUGGCACGCGGCACAGCAAUGAACGGCUAUGUCAUGACGCUCGCCCUCCUGCUGGCCGUUGACCUUCGAGUCUCGCAGCCCAUUGCUAGAGGCGUGCAGGUCAGUACCAUCUCUUAUCAAGGGUGUGCAGGUCACCACCCUCUCUUAUCAAGGGUGUGCAGGUCAGUACCCUCUCUUAUCAAGGGUGUGCAGGUCAGUACCCUCUCUUGUCAAGGGUGUGCAGGUCAGUACCAUCUCUUAUCAAGGGUGUGCAGGUCAGUAUCCUCUCUUAUCAAGGGUGUGCAGGUCAGUACCAUCUCUUAUCAAGGGUGUGCAGGUCAGUACCCCUCUCUUAUCAAGGGUGUACAGGUGGACUGGGAGUCCAUCCUCUGCCCCUCAUCCGACAUCUUCAUCGCCAGCGUCUCCUCCUGGCUCUACCCAUCGCUCGUGGCGGCUACCUGUGCCUCUCACCUCCUUACCACCCAUCCUCUCAUGCCCCUUGGUGCCGUGUGCAGGUGGACUGGGAGUCCAUCCUCUGCCCCUCAGCCGAUAUUUUCAUUAGCAGCGUCUCCUCCUGGCUCUACCAUCGUGCCGGCUGCCUGUGCCUCUCACUCAUGUCCUUACCACCCAUCCUCUCAUGCCCCUUGGUGCCGUGUGCAGGUGGACUGGGAGUCCAUCCUCUGCCCCUCUUCCGACAUCUUCAUCAGCAGCGUCUCAUCAUGGCUCUACCCAUCGCUGGUGCCGGCUCCAGAUGCUGCCAGCAUUCCCAGCGUGCGAGAGCACUUCCCUACCAUCGGCGACGUUAUCGAGGCGCUCAGUGAUGCAUUCACCGAGUGA